UGCUUCUUAGAGCCGGCAUGCAAGAGACGAUGCUGCGCACACCGAAGGAUACGCGCGUGUGCGCGGGUGUACCUGCUUAUCGUCGGUGUGUGUGUCUGUGUGCGGGCGUGUGUCUGUGUGUGUCAACUUGUGGUAGAUAUGCUCCUUCGGAGAAGUUCGGGCAACAAGACGAAGACAUCAGGCUCAGUGUGCAAACCCGCGUCCAGACCGACUGAGCAUCGGGAGCAGCAGCAGCAGCGUUCUCUGCUCGGAGUUGCCGACCUCUCACCACAAAACGCCGGCCAAGGAUACUUCUGGGCAGAAUCUUUGACGGCGCGCAGGAAGGCAUCCAGCCAUCCUGAGGACAGUGGACUAGCAGAUAGCAAGUAGUGGUGGGUGAUUGGUGGGGUGGAAUGGGAGGUGGUGGCUCGCACUCGGGACUGCUCUAUUCUUUCUGAAGGCGGCGACGUCCUUCGGUGGGGACGACGGGUUUCGAAUGGGAAAGUCUUCGGGUAUCAUCCUCCGAGCUUUUACUUGCCUUCGGUGAGAAGUCGUCGUCAUCGUCGUUGUCGUCGUCGUCCUCGUCGACAUCGUUUGCCGUGGUCUUCGUUGUCUUCGAGAAAGGGAAGCUUCGAGCGGUUUAGCCACCGGCUGGAGAAGAAAGGGUGUACAAACACUGGGGAUGUUUUAGUGUGCGCGAACGAGAUGGAGAGUGUGCGGCCUGCUCUCUAAGGAGUUUUGGCCGAAUGUGUGUGUGUGUGUAGCGUAUUAGUUGCGGGGUUGCUGCGUCUCGGGCGGUGUUGGACACUUUUACACCCCAUAUUAUCAGUUGGUCUCAGAAACGCCAGUACCACAACUAACUCGGCUCUCUUACGGUUCGGACCGGUUGCAAGAAGCAGGCACCUCCGGGAAAGAUUCCGUGUAGGAAAAUUAUUCGAAAAAAAAUAACGCAAACGGAAUAAGACAUCGCAGCUAAAUUCUAAUUGGAUUAAAAAAAUAAAAAAGUCUAAAUUAAAAAAAAAACAUUUCACAGCACAAACCAAACUUCCAAAUAACAACAUUUCCUCACCAUUUUUUCGAAAAAAAAACCAGGCAGAACCAGGAUCUCGAGGAGGCAGCAAUAGCAAAAAAAAAUACAAAAAUACAGCAAACAAACCAAACAGUGUGUGUCACAGCCAUUGUGAAGAGAAAAUCCAUAGCCAAAACCAAACCAAGUGUGUUUAUACAGUGCAAAAGCGAAAAGAGGAAGAAGCAAAGGAAGAAAGCAGUAAAAAAGCGCGCGCAAAAUACAGCAUAAAAGUAGUAGCACCCAUAACAGCGCAGCAGAAAUCGAAACUCAGCUCAAUCUACACUCUCUCAGUACGCGCGGGAGAAGAAGAAGAAAACACAAAAGUGAAGCUUGCAAAUAGCAAACAAAAAUCGCACACAACAUCAACAACUCUUUACAUCACAACAAAAAAAACACCAUAGCGCGCACAAGGACGAAUUAAGACACGAUCCUUGAAACUGACAACCGAGCGUGCAAAUCAGCAAUAGUUGAAUUGGAUUUUUCCACUCGAAACCAGUGAAUGUGUGUGUGUGUGUAGAUAUGUGCUUGUGUGUGAAUAGUGAGUGAAAUCAUCAUCAGCAUCACCACCACCACCACCACCAGCCGCGUGUUGUAUCAGUGAACGAAGAUAUUGAAGAAGAAAUUCAAACGAAGCCGUCUGUGUUGCAAAAAAGAAAAAAGAAGAAACAACGCGUGUGUGUGUGUGUAGACAUCAUCCUUAACACUCGCACACACUGUUGGAAGAAAUGUUCCGCAACAACAACAUCAACAUCAUCAUCAGCGGAACGAAAGCGGCGCUGAUCGUCCCACCGCAGCCCAGCAACAGCAACAUCAGCUUCGGUGGCGGUUCGGGCGGUCGCGCACACGUCGAGUCAGUGUUGCGACGUUGAAGAAAAAACAAGUUGUUCUUGGUUUUAACACCCCUAAUAAUCUCAUACGUACGAUUGUCAUACGAUGCAUUUCUGUUCGAACUCUUUCGUUUGCUCGGUGCGCGUUAUUAAACGCACCGAACACUAACUCUCAAUACUAUAAAACGACUAUAUAAACCGUGUGUGUCCAGUGUUCUCGAAAAAAAAGAAGAAGAUCAAGCCAGCCAGAAAGCGAAAGGCCUGGCAGGACUCUUGUAAUAAGAAUAUUGUAUAAAAGCUAUAAUAUAAAUAUAAAACUCCAUAUACCAAUAAACUACUACUAGCACGUAGUGUGUAACGAAUGAGGAGGGAAGUGCGUUUUCAAAGUUGGUUAAACUCUCGAUCGAACGCAGUUAGAAAGUCAACGCAUCCUCUUCCCUCCUGGGGUUUCUGCGGUUUUCCCCCAUGGUCAGGAUUAACCCUGUAGUGAGUGGUGGAGCAUGACAGGACACUGAUCAUCCGUGUCGGCUAGCAGCUCUGUCUGCCGCUACGUACGCACAAGCCUACUAUGUUCAGUGGAAACCACCCGGGCGCUGCGCUUCAUCUUGCCUUGCAUCGACAGCAACAUGCCGGCGUACCCCACGGUGUGCAGCGAUUGGAAGAGGCAGUGCAAGCGUUCAUGUUGCGUUCAAAGGUUGCGUAUCAACGUGCCCGUGAGUGAAAAAUUAUGUGAAAUUAACUUUACCGCUACGACGAGCGUCAAUAACAAACGUCGCCGCAAGAAGCAGCUGCAGCGUGCGGCAUGUGAUAAUGACGAUUGAUUAGGUUACGCGCGUCCCGAUAACAGUAGUGUCCGCGGGUCCUCCAACGCAACAUCCUGUAUGCCCUUUUGUGCGCGAAUGUGCUGUAUGUGUGUAUGCGUGUGCUCGAACACAAAACGGAGAAGAACUCUGGUGGCAGGAGCACCACACAGUAGUGAACGCAGCAGAAGUGGGGCAUGAUCGAUCGACAUUACGCUGUCUCGGACGAUUUGAGUGUGACCAAGCAGACAGGUGGACGACCGGUCGUCGUAGUUGCUGUUGUCCUUACGGAUGUGAUCCUCACAGCAAAGCAAACCGAAUCAUGUUAUUUCCCCACACGUCACGACACCACCGACUGCUGCACCAGGGGCAGUGCCCGUCCUCGUAGCCGGUGUGCGGGCCCGUUCUCGGGGCCUCCAGUGAGUGGCGUGUGCACUUUUCGUUGUUUGGUGUCUCCCCCCAAAUACACGAGCCUCUUUGGUUUAACGACGAGCGCGGGUAGUAGAGGCGUCAGUGUGUGUUGUUGCGCGCCGCACUACUCGUGGAAUUUUUUACUACUGCAAAAAGGCCAUAAUAAGGUGUCCGCCAGCGGGUGCGAAACGACGCGUCCUGGCAAACCUCCGCAACCACCAGCAGCCACCAGCGUGAUGCAAGUAUUUGCAAUCAAUUAUGGUACGGAAGUGAAAAGCAAACCCUCCCGAACAUCGCUGGGAAUUUUACGAAACUGUGAACUGCUUAUUGUGGGAUAAGCUCAAUAUUAUUAGUAACGCAUCAAAGCGAGAAAUCAACAAAACAGUCUGAGUGUUGAAAAAAUAGGCCGGCUUCGAAAACAUAGAAACGAAAAACGAAACCAAAACACACAACCCCCACACGAGGGUGCUGAUGUAAAGUGUGAAUCUCCAACUUCGAGUUUUUGAAACACACACACAAAACAAAAACAGUUGCUCGAGCUUCUUCGAGACACAAGUGUGAUAAGUUCUAAUUGUGCGUGAUCGCGCGUGUGUGCGAGCGAGCGUAGACCGUAGAGCAUUAGUAGUAAUCGAUGAGUGUGGGUCGCGAAUUGUGCGGAGCUGUUAGAGUGGAAGCAAGGCAGAAACAGGCGGAGAAAAAAAUGCGCAAAUUGAAGCAAACAAUCAGUAGUGUGUGAAUUAUGAAGCUUUUUACACGCUGCGUUUGACGUGCUGAGAACGAGAGAUGAGAACUUAUUUGGAAGCGAGCAACUAGGCUCCGUGUUGGAUGUAGAGGAUGAGCAAACCAUUCCAAUACAUCUUAUAUAAGUGCGUGAACGUUUAGUGAAAGUGCAGUGAAACCACAAAACACUCUAUUGUGUGGCCACAGUGCAACCAUCCCGGUGCGUUACAACAGUGCACGCGAGAAAAGUUUGCUCAAAGAACGAAAUUUGUGCAGCGUGUGUGUGUUUGUGCGUGUGUAAAUGGUCAGAACGUGUGUGUGUGUGGCGUAGGUGUGCUUAAGUGAAGAGUGCACAGUGCAGAGUGUUUUACGAGUGAAUCCAUGCCGGUUCCAAGCGAAACCAGAACAGCUAGUGACUGUGCAGUGCAAGUGAGCGUGAUAAAGUCCUUUUACCACCGAUACUUCCACAAAAUAUUACCGAUAUUCGACACCACACCGAGAACUACCACUGAUGUCAGGUCCAUGCCAUGGAAGGGGAAAGCUAAGGCCGGGUUAAGCGACCGUUCGGAUAUUGGAGGGGGCUGCUCGUGCAGCAGCAGCAGUACGAAAAAGACGACGCUAAGGAAUCGCCGUGCGCAAAACAAAGACCACGCGCUUGCAGCGACCCGAACCGUUGGUAGUGUGCGUGACGACGCCGGCAACCGGGAGGGGAACGGUUCCCCCACCCGCUUGACAGCGGUCUAUUUUGCAGGGGAAGUUAUCUUCGCCGCCUUUGUCGUCGUCUUUGUCGUUGCCACCACCACCACCGCUGCAGCAACCGCCGCCACCACCGCCGUCGUCGUGUUCGUGAACUGCAGCAGGCUCCCUGCUUAUGAUGUCAUCGGAGGAAGACUCUGAUUCUUUCGGUUUGUACGUCGAUAAGUUGCUAAAGAACAACCCUACCAACACAGUGACGAUCAGCAGUAACGGCAGUAACAGCAACAGCAGCAACGGGAGCAGCAGCAGCAGCAGCAACGGCAACGGCAGCGGCAACAAUAGCAAGCGCAGCAGACAGCGCGUAGACGCGGGCGAGCCAAGAAACAGCUACUCCUCGAUACCCAGCUUCAGUUCGCGGCCGUCCUUCAUGAGCAGCGGUCUAUACGGGGCUAUUUUUAGCCAGGCGCAGCAGCAACAUUUCAGCGGACUAUUCGGUCCCGGCGGUUACGGACCGGCGGCCGCCAGCAAGAUGCUCAACGAACUGCUCGGCAGGCAAGUGAAGCAGGCCCAGGACGCGACCGACCAGGAUACGCUGAGCAUGCUGUCGGCCAUUGAGGCUGCCGCGGCCAGCAUCAGCAGCAGUGUGGCCGGCAGCAUCGGCAACAACGGCGACUGCGGGCUUACCGCCCAGGACAACAGUAGUGGUGUGGUGAACGGUGCCAGUGGUGCGGUCAAUCCCGCCAAGCUCGGGUUCGAAAGUGUGACGAAUCUGAACAACAACAAUACCAACACGAACAAUAAUAAUACGAGCGCGUGCAACAAUUCUGGCGCCGGUGAUAAUAGCGGCAGUGCGAAGGCUGCCAAGAGCGGCAAGAGUGGUAGUGGUUGUAGUGGUGUAACUGUGCCGGUGUCGGAUGUGACGAUGGGCUCGAACCGGCGUAGUAGCAGCUCGAGCAGUACGAGCAGCAACAGCAGUACCAGCAGCAGCAGCACUAGCAGCAGCAGCAACAGUAGCAACAGCAGCAAUCACAAUAAUGCUGUUGCGAACACUAAUGGUGAAAACAACGGAGGUGGUGGUGGCGGUACGAUCGGUGACAGUGGUGCGCCCAAGUCAUCGAGCAGUAGGAACGCAACUACCAGCAGCAGCAACAACAACAACAACAACAGUGGGGCGGACGGUUCUUGCAGUAAUGGCCUCGGUGGUGUUAUAGACCUUGACGGUGACUCUACAACACCACCCGCCACGAGCGAGCUGGCCCACCACAUGUUGCGCAACAUCCUGCAGGGCAAGAAGGACCUGAUGGCUCUCGAUCACGAGCUGCGCGCGACGAUCCAGAGCAACCAGAGUGGCCAGCAUGCCGCCGGCGGUCGGAUAUCGCCCGACAACAACAAUGUGAUCGGCAGCAAGAACAACAACCACAGCAGCUGCAGCGGCGGCGGCGCCAACACGAUCUUCGACAUGGGUAAGCUCAGUGAGAACAGCCUCGGCGCGAUCGUGAACGGCGGCGAGCUGAGUGAUUCGAGUGAUGUGGGCGCGUGCACACCCAAGGCCAAGAGCCGGGGCAAUAAUCAAAAUGCGAAAGCGAGCCACGGUGCAGCUAGUGAUAGUGCGAAAUGUGAUGAUUUGCUGGGCGGGUCGGCGGACGCGUGCCGCCAGUCGAACGGCAGUGGUGCGGUGGCGGUGGAAACGAUCAACCCGAAGCAGGAGAAGAGCGACGUGAUCGACGAGCUGGUGGCGUCCCUGCCGGAGGACGACGAGGUGGACGAAACCGUACCGUCGCCGGCGUCCUCGACCGGGGCCGGCAGUAACGGGGGGCUCAUUGCGAAGCAGGAGCUGAUGGACCUGGACGACUGCUGCCUGGACGAUAAGGAGCGGGACGAGCGGACGCCCACGCCCGGCAGCGGCAUCGUGCCGACGAGCCGAGCCGAACCGGAAGCGCUCAACAUGAAGCGGGCCCGGGUGGAAAACAUCGUGUCGUCGAUGCGCGCUAGCCCGGCCAUUCUGUCCCAGCCGCCGGUGAACGGAUGCAAGAAGCGCAAGCUGUACCACCCCCAGCAGCACGACAACAGUGCGGCGGAGCGGUACGCAGCGGCGGCAGCGGCCGGCCUGAACCUAGGCCUAACGCUGCAGAACUUCAUGCUGAGCAGCAGCGCGGCGGCAGCGGCGGCGGCUGCGGCGGCGACCAACACGGCCGCCACGACGACGCCCGUCACCGAUCCGGCCACGACCGACGACGACGAGGACCUGGUCGAGACGGUCACGACGCCCCACAUCCACCAGAAGCGGGUGGAGAAGGACGUACUUAAGUCGCAGCUGCGCUCGAUGCAGGAGCAGCUGGCGGAGAUGCAGCAGAAGUAUGUGCAAUUGUGCUCGCGCAUGGAGCAGCAGUCCGACACGACGCAGGAGGUCGUGGACGACAGCUCGUCGAGCGACAUCAUGGAGGAUGACGCGAGCGCGCCCGACCUGUCGCCCGAAAAGCCCCACCACCACCACCACCACCACCAUCUGUCCGCGUCCAGCACGCAGAUGAAGGAGGUGGCGGCGGCCGGACCGAAGGGCCAGUCGAACGCGGCAGCCGCGGCGGCGGCAGCGGCAGCAGCCGCCGAUGCGUCCAGCAUGCUGCAGAUGAUGAGCAAGAUGAUGUCGGCCAAGCUGCACAACUCGCUGCCCAAUGCGGCCCACUCGCUGCAGGCGGGCGGCUUCAACGGGGCGCACCCGUUCCUGCAACACAUGCAGCAGGCGGCGGCCGCGGCCGCUUCGAUGCCGCACGAGCCGAUCGGGCAGCAGCCACCAGCGCCACCGGCCGUGGCGCCCCAGCAUAGCCAGCAGAUCAGCAAUGCGGCGGCGAUGUACCAGAAGCUGUUUCUCGAGCAGGAAGCGAGGCUAGUGAAGGCGGAACAAGCGGAACGGAGCCUGCAGGCUUCGAACCAGCAGCUUCUGCAACAGCAGCAGCAGCAACAACAGCAAUCGCAGCAGCAGCAGCAGGCAAUCAUGCCACAGCAGCCCCAACAGCAGCAGCAACAGCAGCAACAUCAGCCAGAUCGGAACGCCAGCAAUAACUCGUCACAGGUAAUGCAAUCGCAGGUAACUAUGCAGCACCAGCCGCAACCUCAAGCACAAAAUCAAACUUCCCAGGCACUGUUACAAUCGCCUGUUCAACAUCCGCAGAGUCAACACCCGCAGCAGCAGCAGCAACAUUCGCCGACGCAUCCGCAGCCGUCCCAGCAGUCCUGUGGGCUGGUGCAACCCGUGCCGGCAAACGUAACGCUACCGCCGCUCCCGCCGAGUCAGCAGCAGCAACAGCACCAACCUCAGCCGCAUCCGGCCGUCGUGCAGCCGCCACAGCAACAGCUGUCGCCGACGCACGUCCCGAUGCACGCGAUGCCCCAGACCAACCAUGCAGCGGCGAUCGGUGGCCACAACAUGCCGGCGAUACCAAAGGGAUCGUCCAUUCCGUCCGACUUGACGAACCGGCUGAACAUGAUGCGCUCGAGCGCCAGCUCGGUCGGUCCCAUGUCCGGCACGGAUCUCGAGGGACUGGCGGACGUGCUCAAGACGGAGAUCACGGCGUCGCUGUCCAACCUGGUCGACUCGAUCGUGACGCGGUUCGUGCACCAGCGCCGAUUUCUCGGCAAGCAGUCGGAGGCGGCAGCCGCGGCGGCAGAACAGCUGAACAAGGAUCUGCUGAUGGCGUCGCAGCUGCUGGACCGCAAGUCGCCCCGCACCAAGAUCAGUCAGUCGGACCGGAGCAGCAUCGGUGGCAGUCAAUCAGGUAACGCACCUAUGCUAAGUACACCUAGUCUUAACAACGCGUCCCAGCCCGUCCCGAUGGGUCCGGGCGGUAUGUCCGUAGGAACGCCCGCGGGCAAUGGUAACUGCAUCCAGCAGCAGCCAACGUUGGCAAACAACGUGACCGGCUGUGGUGGAGCGCGGCUCAACGGGAGCUCGUUUCCCCCGAUGCCGGGCAUGAACGCGAUGCACGUCCCGACUGCGGGACCGGGAGUUGAUCCCAAGGGUGGCCAGCAGCAGCAGCAGCAGCAGCAACAACAGCAACCGCAACAGCAGCAACAGCUCAGUAUGAACUCGAUCGGCAUGCCUCCUCAUGUACGUCCUUCUCCUUCUACAGCCAUGUUCCAAGCGUCGAAAACGCCCCAGAACAUCAACUCGGUUGCGGCCGCCGCGCUCUACAACUCGAUGAACCAGGCCCUCGGAGGGACGCCCAGUCAGGUGAAUCCGUUCUGCCUGCCGCCGCCGGAACCGCGCGAGCACAAUCCCGAGCAGAACGAGGCCCUCAGCCUGGUGGUGACGCCGAAAAAGAAGCGGCACAAGGUGACCGACACCCGCAUUACGCCGCGAACAGUGAGUAGAAUUCUAGCACAGGAUGGCAUUAUUCCGUCCUCGAAUCAGGUGCAGGUUGACUCACAGCAAUCUCAACAACCGCAGCAGCAGCAGCAGCCAUCGCAACAGCAAUCGCAGCAGCAAACGCAGCAGCAGCUUCCGAUGGGUGGAGCGACCAACUGCCAUGGGAGCAGUCUGGGGAAUGGCAGCAACAACAGUAAUAGCAGCAGCAACAACAACAACAACAACAACAGCUGCAACAAAAACAAUAAUGCACUGAGCGGGCAGCAACAGCCUCAGUCGCAGGCAUCAACGCAGCAGCAGCAGCCAACCCCAGGCCAGCAGCAGCAGCAACCACAAUCGCAGCCGCCCGCCCAGUUUAGCAGCCAGUCGUCCGGUGGCACAGUCCAGCCGACCGGGCCGACCACCCCGACGGAAUGCAAGGCGGAGCGGGCCGGGUUCCACGGUUCCGCCUCGUCGAUGCUGCCCGUCUCACUGCCUACCUCGGUUGCGAUUCCGAACCCAUCGCUGCACGAGUCGCAAGUCUUUUCGCCCUACAGCCCCUUCUUCAAUCCGCACGGUCCGCACGGUGGCCCGCACGGGCCUCAGCCGUCCCAGUUUCACCACAUGAAGGUGUCGUCCAGCCCGCCCGGCAUCAACGGCAUGCUGGACCCACGCGAUUCCCCUCCCCUGCCCCACCCGCCGACGAUGCUGCAUCCGGCCCUGCUGGCGGCCCACCACGGCAGCUCGCCGGACUACGGACAUAUCAGAGCAUCGAUGGAUGUCAACGAUCGCAACUCGGACUGUACCUCCGCCGACAUCGCCUACAACGGAAUGGAGCCUACUAUAUCCUUUUCAAACCAAUCAUUGUUGCUUGAAGCUUCCAUUGCAGCUAAUCAAUCCUUAACUCCGGUGAACUCGUCAACCCUGACUCCGAUGCACCUGCGCAAGGCGAAGCUGAUGUUCUUCUGGGUGCGGUACCCAAGCUCCGCCGUGCUGAAGAUGUACUUCCCGGACAUCAAGUUCAACAAGAACAACACCGCCCAGCUGGUCAAGUGGUUCUCCAACUUCAGGGAAUUCUACUACAUUCAGAUGGAGAAGUACGCCAGACAGGCGGUAAGCGAGGGCAUGAAGAACGCAGACGACAUCCACGUAAGCAAUGACAGCGAGAUUUACCGCGUGCUCAACCUACACUACAAUCGGAACAAUCACAUAGAGGUGCCCCAAAAUUUCCGAUACGUCGUUGAGCAGACGUUGCGUGAAUUCUUCCGCGCGAUUCAAGGCGGCAAGGACACCGAGCAGUCGUGGAAAAAAUCAAUUUACAAAAUCAUCUCCCGAAUGGAUGAUCCUGUGCCGGAGUAUUUCAAAUCUCCGAACUUCCUCGAGCAGCUGGAGUAAGUUAAGCGGGCGGGGUCCCGUUACUAAUACACAAAGCUCUCUCUCUAUCUACUACUACCUGGACAAACUAGGCGGGAAAUUAACGAACAAACAUGAAAGCUGGUGAAGAGAGAAAGCUGGAGAGCUAGAGCUUGUCAACCACAACAAGAGAAAACAAAACAAAAGUAAUACCAAAAAACAAAAGAAGAGAGAAUCGCGUGCAGCCGUAAAACAAGGCUCGUUACACUGAAUCAAUAAUAGGAAAAAAGGGACAAACACAAAAAGGUAACAAAAGAGUAAGUAAUAUAUGAUACACGGACUGUGUAUGAAAAACAAAACACAAAACGAAAAACAGAGAGUAAUUUUAUUAUUAAAAUUAAAGUAAAUUAUACAAAAUUGUUAUCUUAAAACAAAUUUAUGAAAUAUGGGGUACGGAAACAAAGAAAUAAGUAAGACGUAAACUAAAAAAAGGAGCAAAGAGAGGAGGGAAAGAGAAAACAAAACGAGUGAGCAAAAGAAGAGAAACACGGUAAAGAGACUAUAUAAUUUAAAACAAAGAAGUAAAAAACAAAUCUAGGCGAAGGCAAGGCGCAGUAAACGAAGGCUGAACAAGAGAAAACUACAAUGCAAAAAUAUCUAGCAAAAAACGGUAAAACAAAAAGACAGAAACAUAUAAGAAGAAAACAUUUGUGGUUCCUAUAAUGUAGUGCGCUUUUCCCACAGUGAAAGAGCAUCUGCAGACAUUCAAAACACACAAACACACACUAGCAAUCACACAUGUACACAAACACACGCUCCUACAAGAACUGUGUGCCACAUUUGUACACAAGCACAAGCGUGUACGAGUGUUGUGUGCGCGUGUGUUUGCUCGUGCGCGUGCAACAAAGAAUCCGCGGGAAAGGCCUUCAAAUUUAUCCACUCUCCGUAUGUAGCAGCACCAGAAACAAAACAGACAAAUUAGCAAACAAACAAAAAAACAGAAAUGCUUUGAAGACGGCCAGAAUAUAUACAAUGCUACCUUACAUGUGAGGUAUUUUUUCGCGAAUCAUUAUUCGGGCGUUCAAAAGCACUUCCUAAUGCAUUUAGAUGAAAACAAAAGUUGAAAACAAAAAGCAAGACACCUACACGGCAAACCUCAAAAUUUACCAAUUUUUAGUAUAUUUAAGGAAAAGUAAAAAAACAAAAAACAAACAAAGCAAACCAAAAACUGAAAGCACACAAAUUCUCAAGUGCUGCCCGAAAAAAUCGCCAACAACGGCUCUCGAAAAGAUAAAAACAAAGAGCAUGAAAUGAGAAAUGGAAAGUGAAGAUACUGUUUUAGGAGAAAAAAAACCUGGACUUGAAGCUGCAAAGCGGAUGCGGAAACCCCGUUCCGGAAGAGACAAAAAACAAGAAUUGACGAAUCAAUGCGGCGUUUCUGAUCAUGACAACACAAGAGAGAUGUAAACUGUAUUGCGUAUCGGUCGAAUCGGCGGUAUCUAAUUUACAAUCGGCGUCUUACAUUAGAUGUACAGUUUUCGGGUUGGGCUGUGUUUUAGAGCCUGCCAGCCAGCCAGAGCCAGCCUUCUCCUUUUAUGCUUCACCCAUCCAAAUGACGUAGCGUCAGUCGUCGUGGGCAGUAUGAAAACCAAAGUCGUGGGAGCUAUAAUUGUGGGAUGUACCGCGAGCCGGUACGAAGGUUUUCGCGGUUCUUCAGUUCUGUAUAGCUAGUUAUUAAUCUCUAUGUUCUAUGCACUAGGUUUAGAGACUGAUAUCGUUUAGAAAGCUGUGUGAGCAAAACGUUGUGUACAAAUACAAAAUCUAGUAGAAGCCGCCGGUGUGUUAGGCGAAUUAACUCUACUACACAGUGCAGAUCGCGAACUCCAAGAUUAGUCCUUGGGCAGGAUCACUCGAAGCAACGGUAUCGGACGACCCAGAGGCGUUGAACACUUCCUGUUGUUUCUCGGCAGUUGUAAAUAUGUUUAUUUAUUAUUAUGAUUAUUAUGAUUAUUAUUAUGAUUAUUAUUAUUAUUUUUCCGCUCUUGCGCUCAGGCGGCAGCAGGAGGCGCUCUAGCGUUGAAAAUAAAUUAUGUUUAUUGAGACCAAAUUCUAACUAUUAAACAAAAUUAUCAAAAUUCCAAAUUAAUAUCAAAGUUCAGACAGCGAUCGUGUUCCUGGCCCGCCAGCCACGCGCUCUCCUGUCGGCUGUUUUGAUCGUAUAUUUAGGUAGCGAAAGUGUUUUUUGUUGUGUAUUGCUAUCAUUUCCAAACGGUGUUUCCAAACCCCCCGCGGAAGAGUAUGGCUCACGUAAGAAAAUGUUUGAAUAUUUUUAGGCUAAACUACUCACACCGUCUGUUUGCGGUACGGCGCCAUCGGCUACAAGCAGGACGAGGGACGGGCAUAUAGGAAUGAUAUUUUUUGUCCUCCUUGGCGCUGCGUCCUUUCGUGUCGGUAUAUCCGUUGUACGAGCCGCUACCGCAAACGCGGGUGAUCGAAAUUUAUAAGCAAAAUUUGUUACUUCUGGUAAGCGCGGAUGGAGAGAGAGAAAAAAAACGAAUGAUGGGGUCGAGAAAGCGUAAGUUUUGUUUAUUGUUUUGGCGUUAUUUCGGCACUUUAGGCAAAAAAAAAGAAACUCAAAUCUACGGUUAGAAAGAAAGGGCAAAAUGCGUAAAAGGUAUCUGUGUUUGAGGAGGGAGUAAAUUGAAUGCGUCCUGAUCCGGUUUGCUUCGAGUAGAUACAAAGCUAAGGUUCGCAUGAUCUCGCAUGAACACCAUGCGGGGCGUUUGGGGAACAGAUCGGGUAAGGUACACUCACAGUUUGGAGGAGAUUGUGUAUACGUGAUGGAUGGUAAUUCGGAAGCAAAAUUCGUUUCGAUCAUGUAACGGGUGGUUAUUCUUUCGAACACAAAUUCGGAAAGUUUCGCUGCGAAUCGGUACGGUGAACAGCGCACGUUGUGUGCAAGUAUUUCUUUAAAUUAUUAUUUAGCCUCUUUUUGUGGUGGUGAAUGAUCUUUCUGCGUACACGAACAUCUUAAAUUGCGCGUGAGCAGGCGUGUCGUGUUCGUGUGCUCAAUGAAGAUUGGCGGUGAGAAUUUGGCGUCGUCUGCGGAUGUACCACAAAUAUGUAUUAGACCAAUAACAUUCAACAAACAAAAUCAUUGCAAUAGAUUCCUAUCCUGCUACGCACGCGUAGAAAGGGUGCAAAAACCUUUCAGCCGAUCCAGUUCAUUGUAGCAUCAACGCGAUAUCGCUUGCCUGCGCAACCAAAGGUGUAACCGCCGUGGAAGGCGGCUCAUGAGAUCUUUUACCAAAUCUACAAUGUUGGUGACCAAACCAAAGCAAUUCUAUAGCGUGCAUUAGGGUAUGCUAUCUAGUAUUUAGGCGCAAUAUUGAAGCAAAAUCGAUCGUGUAUUAAAAAAAACCACACAUAAACCAUCAUCUGAAGUAAAUGAUGCAAAAUUGAUCAGAUGUACUAUUUAAGUUAACCCUGAACCAAAAACUACAAAAGAUUGCAACUUAUCUCCGCAAUAAGUUUCCUCCUAGUCGUUUUAAUCCAUCGAGAGAUGUUGCCUAAUCAACGGCACCCGCCCGAACCAACCACAAACCUUGCUGACUGGUUUAAAUUUCAACACACAACAUUGCAUCGCGUUUACAUGCUUUGUACGUUGUAAAAGUUGUUUAAAAGGAAAAAAAGCAGAGAACGAUAGAGCGACAGAGCGAUACAUUUGGUGAAUCAGGCAAGGAGGCAAUGAGUUAGCUUAAGAGAUAUAUUUUUCGUCCUUAUCAAAUAUUACCGUUUUGAAUGAACAACCAUUACUAACUAUAAUUGGCUUUAUAUGAAGAAAAAGCGCUUCUUCCAAGCUCUGGUUGUGGUGAGCCGGGAAGGGUGCGGUAGUGCCAACGCUAUCGACGGUGCUACCCUGAACCCUAACCGUCACCCUUCCUUCAGGUUUGUAAGAAGUGCGUGAAUGUACAAAAAAAAAACAAAAUCAUAAUAAAGAAAACUAUUAUUACUAUUUCCAAAUCUAUUAAAUUAACUUGUGCUCAAAAUUCGUAUUUACUAACUAAAAUUGUGUAUUCUUUUGUCA